UAUAUUUUAAUAUUGAUUUAAAAUUGUAUGUACAAAAGAUAUACACAAAACUGCUGUAAAUGCAAACUUUAUCUCCUGAAGCUUACUAUUGUGUGCACUCUUAUUUCUAACCUAGAUUGCAUAUACUGUUGGACAUUUAUCACAGAUAUUCGUUAAGCUGCAAGAUCAGAAUACUGCAGAAAAAUAAGGCAACGCCAAAGUGUAUAUUAAUUAAGAAAUAAAACACUUACAUAGCACUUAUAUAGAACAGGUUCAAGUAUUGAUCAGGGAAGUUCAAACUUACAUAAGUGGUAUAACAAACACAAAUAUGAGUUUGGUUUAGAUAUUUUUCUUGAUGUGAUCGGAUAUUUUGUUAUAUGAGGGAUUUUUGCUCAGUGCUUGACUUUUUGAUUAAAUGAAAAGCUGCAAAAAGGAAGUUAACUGCGAAAAUGAAGAACAAUUAAGUGAUGGCGUGUGAUGAAUAAACAGGCAAAGACAAUCAGUAUCGUCUAUAAUAAACAAUUGGAUGUAAGACAAGCGAUAUGCAAAUAAUGGCCAAGUUCAUCUUAGUAACACUGCUUAUGUGCGUCGAGUAUUCUGGAGGAAAUGAUUUGGCUGUUAUUGAGAAGCGAUUGCUGGACGAAUUUGAAUGCAACCGUUACUAUUCUAAAAGAUAUUCAGUACUGAGGAUAGAAAAUGGUGUAACUGAUGCACAAAUUAAAGAGUGUUUAGAGACCAGCUAUUAUAUUGAGGCAUUGUUGCUACGAAACAGUCAUUUAAGUAGUAUUCCAAAGUAUUUAAAUAUACUGGGAACUCUUGUGUAUUUAGAUUUAUCGUACAACGCUAUAACGGAAGUUACAUUUGAAGGAGUCGAAGGCAUUUGCCAACAACUUACUCAUCUUUUACUAAACAAUAAUAACAUCGAGGUCUUGCGAAAAGGGAAUCUUGAUUGCUUACAAUACCUUCAAUAUCUUUACCUUGGAAACAACAACCUUAGAUAUGUGGAAAAUGGAACAUUCAGUGAAAAAAUGAAGAGCAUAAAAUAUAUACAUUUAGUUAAUAAUAGUCUAACAGUUUUAGACUUUAGUUUACUAAGUAAACUGAAACUGUCUCAUAAUACAAGGCUAGUUAUAAACGCAUCAUGGAACUUUAUUACAGGAAUGACUAAUUCGGCAAACAUAACGAUAAAGGAUUUCACCACUCAAACCUCUAUAAGCAUUAUUGCAACCCAUAAUAACUUGACAACUGUUAACACCAAAUAUUAUUUCCAACUAUUGAACAUCACAGAUACAAUGCAAUUAUUACGACUGUGGGCCUGCGGGUUCGACGUGCGUUUUAAUCCGUUUAUUUGUGACUGUGCACUUUUUCCUUUAGCAGACGCGCUUAGAAGGUUUAGACACAUGGAUCCUUACAACCAUUUAUUUUCAGUGACAUGUGGAAAUCCUCCAAGUCUGGCAGGAAUGAUGCUACGCAAAGUUCCAAAAAAUCAGUUUAAUUGUUCUGUUGAACUCAAUUGCCCAAAUAAAUGUAUAUGCAACAAAACUGAAGCACUCGGCCUCGUAACCAUCCACUGUGAUGAAAAGUAUUUUGAAAAUAAUCUCCCAAUGACAUGUCCAUAUGCUGAAAGGAUAAACCUCAAUAUUAAAUCUAACAAAUUAACAAAACUUUCUUCCAGAGAAUAUCUUGGUAACGUAUCACAAUUUGAUGUAUCUCAAUGUGCAAUUACAACCAUAGAAACAUCGUUUGUUGACAUGAUACAAGGUGCCUCUUUCGAUGCUUUAUUAUUAAAUGAUAAUAAACUUGAAACGAUACCAAGAUCUUUUAAACACCUUAAUUUCAGCAAUGGACAGGUCUUAGCAUUGGAUGGAAAUCCAUUCAUUUGUGAUUGCCAUACACGAUGGAUGAAAAUUUGGCUUCGUUCAAACAAAAAGUACAUUUUACGACGGAAUAACAUUAAAUGCGCAACUGGUCCAGGUGAAGGCAAGCCAAUUCAUGAAGUACCAGACACUUUAUUUAUUUGCCAAACUUUUACAAACAUCAACGGACUACUUUCCGUGAUUGGCUCAAUUGUAUUUGUCGCUCUUAUUCUUGUUAUAUUGUCGCGUAAAUCUAAAAGUAUACAAGUGUUCAUGAUAUCACAUUUUGAUAUAUGCAGGUAUUUCUGCCGAAGGAGAAAACUCCGCCAGUUGUCGUUCGAUAUCUUCAUCCCUCAUUCAUGUGAGGACGAUGAAAUCAUUAAAAUCAUUGUUGAUUAUCUUGAAAACCACCAUCCACCAUAUAGGGUAUGUAUUGGUGAGAAAAACUUUAAACCAGGUAAAACAAUAUCUGAAAAUAUACUCGAUGCCAUUGAGUCCAGUCAAACAACUUUGCUUGCCAUUUCAAACAACUUCCUAAGAAGCUCGUGGUGUAACAUGGAGUUUCGUGAAGCUCACAUGAGGUUUCUGAAAGACAGGAAUAUUAAUAUGGUGCUGAUUAUGUUAGAGGAAUUAGACAGCAAUCUUAUUGGCAAGGAAUUAAAAUUCUACAUGGAAACGCAUGUGUACAUCAAGUAUAGGGACAAUCAGUUUUGGGCAAAGCUUUUACAUAGCCUUCCUAUUAUGAUUGAACCGUCUGGUACCGGUAGAUAGAGUUAUUUCAAAUAAUAUCAGACAUUUGACACAAAAAAUAUACAAGGAAGUUACUUUAAGUAUGGGGAAUACUUGAAAUAAACUAUGUUAUAAAUUGGAGGCGUUUGCACAUAAAAACAGUAACAAGUUGUGUAUACUAUGUAAAUAUUCUAGAUAUAAUAUCCGUGUCUUCUAUAUUCGUUUUGGUUAGUUUGUUUUUGUUUUUUUUAUUUGUUUGUUCUGUUUAAUACGUUUUCUGAACAUACUUAUAAAUGACAUUCUGUAGUAAUUUAUAUUUAAACGAUCAGAUUAGCCUGAAUAAGCGCCGAAUCAAUUAAACCUAUCAUACGAAUAAAAUACAUGUAUUUAUUAAAUAUGGUCAAUGAAAUUAUUAGAAGCUAAUAAGAAGUAAUCAAUUUAAAAAAAAAACUGAAAAACCAAUUGUAUCUAUCUAACGGUAAAAUUUUAAAGCUAUAUCUUUUGUUUUGAUUUUUUAUAAAACUAAUCAACAGUAAGAUUAUGUUGUUUCAAUAAUCAUUAGUUCGAUUGACGAUAGAGUUGUAACAUAGAAUUUCUUUGUUAUUUAGGAUACAUGCAUAAUGAACAAGAAAUCUAGACUGCUAUUUAAGAAGGGUUUUAUCCAUUUAGCAAUAAUUACAUGAUUUAAGAAAAAUAAGUUAAUGCACUAUAAUACUGCUUUCAUACGAGCCGUUUGGAAGUAUUGUUUAACUUUAUUAAAAUUAAAACAAUAAGUUGUGCAGCAGAUAUAUAUAGCUUUAUACACUUGAAAAAGAUUUUUUUUUAUAUCGUCUGACUGUUCGUUAUAUUUGUUAAACUAAUCAGCGUAUGUGCGCGUGGUUUAGUUACAUCCUAUAAUGCUCUUAAUAGACUGUGUAAUAAAUUAAUAUAUAU